AUGAAUGAAAACUCUAAACUCAUAAUUGAUAGAUUUGUAGAUGGAUUUUUGGCUGAUAAAGAGAUUGUAAGAAAAAUGACCAAAUUAUUAAUAGUUAUUACCUUAAUAAUUGCUCUAGCUGCUGCAUAUUGUUCUUCUGCGACAUACAAUAUUAAAGUUGGUUCUCCAGUAGGAAAGUCCGCUUAUGAACCUCAAACCAUUAAUGCUGAUUUACAAGAUAUUGUUAUAUGGGAAUGGGUAAGUCCUCAACAUAGUGUUAUUCAAUCUGAUGGACCAAAUAAUUGUGUAAAAUCUAUAUCAACAACAGCAUUUGCUUCACCAUCCCAAGAAGUUGGGAAAACUUUUCAAAUUACAAUUUCUCAACCAUAUGGCAAAUUAUAUUAUUUUAGUGAUGUAGGCACAGAUUGUAAACAAGGUAUGUUUGGUACAAUAGUGAUUGGCGCGGGAAAAUUACCAGCUGAUGACACCCCUACUGCUGCUCCAAACUCUACAACAACCAGCGUCCCAGCUUAUUUUUGA